AUGGAGACUUCUCAACUCUCGUGCACACCCUGUGUGACCGCACCCGUGCCUGCACCCGAACAAGCGAACUGUGUCUCUAGCAACCUAUAUGUGGUGGGUGAUUUUCGGCAAGAAUUAGCCAAGCGGAAGUUAUCUACCAUGGAGCCCUCAGAGAGUGGGGUCUACGAAAAUGAUUCGGAGCCGAGUCAGACAUCUAACCUAGGUGAAAAUCCAUGCUCAAGGGCAAACAAGGCUUCUGAGCGGGCUGAAGAUCCCAGCACUAUUGAAGACACACCAGUCACAUCUAGCCCGUCCUCUUUGCCUCCGGCUCGGUCUACAUUAAAAUGUUCUCAAGCUCGAACGACACUAAGUUCCAAGCCCCCGGUGCGCUACCCGUCGAUAGCUGUGGUUAUACCGUCAACGUCCUGGAAACAAGGAGCCGCCAGGACAAGCACAAGGGCCGCUGCGGCAGUAUGCAAGAAGCGACUCCGCUCAGGUCGAGGCACCAGCAUCCACCAAGACGAGAACACCCCCUAUGACACAGCACAGCCGUGUCAAAAGAGGAAGAAAAGGAGACCUUCAAUUAGGCCACUUUCCGGCCCUUCGAAAUCUUCCGUUCCUAUUUCAUCUCAUCGCUCUGGUGCUAUCCAGGGUUUAUAUGGGAGUGCUAUCCUCACGGUCGAGUCUAAUACUGGUCUGAAACCGGUAUAUUUCUUUACUUUCGUACCCGACCCUAGCCCGAUGCUGCCUCCAGUCCACACGGCGGUUAUCCCCCCAUUGAAACACGUGUACACGUCGGACGAGAAUGCGCUGCUCGUGCGGCUGAAGGAACAAGAGGCAAUGUCAUGGUCUGAGAUUACGACUCACUUCCCAGGUCGAAACAUGUCAUCCCUUCAAGUUCACCAUUCAACCAAAUUACGCCACAAGGCCAGCUCUCGGUCUGGAAGACCGAAGAAACGCCAAUGA